AUGCCAUCUGCCUGUCGAUUUGGCUUGCUCGUUUUGGUGUGGUUGAACAUAGUGGCAAAAGGGGUGGUAGCACAGAAUGAGGGACCUGGGUUUGGUGGGUCUAAUAGCACGAGUUCUGGGGCAGCCAGUACCAGUUUGAGUGUGGGGUCGGUGAGCAGCGCCUCUUUCGGGACGUCGAGUUCGGGCGUGAGUUCGGGCGUGAGUUCAGUUUCGUCUGCGUCGCUGAGUUCGGGUUCAAGUGGAAGUUCGAGUUCGGUUUCGAGUGACAGCUCAAGUUUGUCUUCCUCCUCUACAAGUGUCGCUUCCACUUCGUUCACGUCGUUUGCAUCUUCCUCGUCGUCGAGCACGCCCUCGAGCUCGUCAGCAUCAUCUUUUUCGGCGUCGUCGUCGUCGUCGUCGUCGUCGUCAGUAUCCUCAUCUUCACAAUCCUCCUCAUCCAGAUCGUUAUCCUCAGCCUCCACUACACCUUCCACGUCGUCGUCCAGUGUGUCGUCAUCUUCAUCCUCGACGUCGUCUUCAAGCUCCUCAAGCUCCUCAAGCUCCUCGAGCCCCUCAAGCUCCUCGACGUCAAGCACUCCAGCGUCAACCACGUCCGAUAUUUCAUCUACAAUAACAUCAGGGCCCAGCUCUGCAGUUUCAGAUUCGCGUCGAACGGUCACAAGUGUUAUCAGUGGUCGCACGAUAUUGUUGAAUCGUUACACUACGGUGACCGGUAAUCCAGUUGCUACAGACAGCGUCAAUAGGAGCAGUAGUUCAGGCGGACUAUCGAAAAAGAAUAGAAAUAUUGUCAUAGGUUGUGUGGUGGGCAUCGGUGUUCCGCUGAUCAUUGCAGUCCUCGUAGUACUAUACUUUUACUGCGUCCAAUCCAAAAAGACAGAUUUCAUUGACUCUGAUGGUAAAGUUGUUACAGCUUACCGCGCAAAUAGUUUUAAGAAGUGGUGGUACGGUCUAAUAGGUAAAGAUAUCAGCGAUCAGUACGAAUCUAAUUCUCCUCUGGGCACAAGUAAUUCUCCAAUACUUUCAGAGGAUGACAACCACAGCUACAGCACUAAUAACGAAAAUUUACAGGAGACUACGAACAGUGGCGGCGCUCAUUCAAAUGAGCUAAUGUUGGAAGAGGAAAAAUACUACGAUGAAUACGGUAACGAAUUAAACGCAAGAAAUUAUUGA